CCUUUUGGACUAAAAAGCCCAAAGCUUUACUUUUCGUCUUUGGUCGUGCCGGGUGACAAGAAGAAAGGAGAAACCAUGGAUGCGGUAUUGCUCGGAGGAUCUGUUCUUUCUGCUUUCUUUAACGUUCUGUUUGAUAGGAUGACUUCUCGAGAAGUUUUGGACUUCUUCAGAGGCCAGCAAGUGAACGAUGAACUUCUUCAGACGUUGACGACCACAAUGAUAGCUGCCAAUGGACUGCUCGAUGAUGCGGAGAACAUGCAAAUAACUAAGCCAGCUGUGAAAAGGUGGCUCAGCGAGCUUAAGAAUGCUGUUUACGAGGCUGAUGAUUUUCUGGAUGAGAUCGCUUAUGAAGCUCUGCGAUCGAAGAUGGAAGAUGAUUCUCAAACCAUCAUAGAUCAGGUGAGGGACUUUUCUUCUUCUUUUUCAUAUUCUCACAAUCCAUGUAAUAAGGGGAUACUACAAGCAAAUUUGGAAGGAAUACUUAAGAGAAUGGAAGAUUUAGUAAACCUAAAGGAUCAUCUUGGCUUGCGUGCAAGAGAGGGUACUGGACUAAAGCUAUCAUCACCGAGGUUACCAACUACUUCUGUGGUAGGAAAAUCUGGGUUUUAUGGUAGGGAUGUGGAUAAGGAAGCCAUAGUGAAGUUGCUUUUGUCAGAUGACCCAAAUGGUAGCGACAUAGGUGUGAUUCCAAUAGUGGGAAUGGGUGGGAUCGGUAAAACCACUCUUGCUCAGUACAUCUACAAUGACAGGAGAGUCAAAAAGUGGUUUCAUUGCAAAGCAUGGGUUUGUGUUUCGGAAGAAUUUGAUGUUGUCAAGAUAACAAGGGGUAUUUACAGGAAGUUUUUCUCGGAGGCUUUUGACAAAGAUGCUGAUUUUGAUGACAUUCAAGUUCAGCUAGAGGAGAAAUUGGAUGGGAAAAAAUAUUUACUCGUUUUAGAUGAUGUUUGGAGUGAUAACCAUGAGAAAUGGGACAUUUUACAGAGACCUUUGAAGGUUGGGGCACAGGGAAGUAAAAUGGUUGUCACUGCCCGCAAUGAGAGCGUAGCAUUGGCUGUGUCCACUUAUCCAACUUAUCAUCUAAAGAAAUUGAAUGAUGAGGAUUGUUUGCACUUGCUCGCACAGUAUGCACUUAAUGCUGACAAUUUUGGUACAUACCCAGACUUGGAAGCAAUUGGUGGGGAAAUAGCAAGAAAGUGCGGAGGGUUGCCGUUAGCUGCCAAAACAGUUGGGGGUGUCCUGCGCUCCAAGAGAAAUGCAGAGGAAUGGGAAGAGGUAUUGAACAGCAGUGCUUGGCUUCAGUCCCAGGAUGGUGUUCUUCCAGCUUUGAGAUUGAGUUAUCAUUAUCUCCCAUCACAUUUAAAGCCUUGUUUUGCUUAUACAGCUAUAUUCCCUCAAGAUUAUGAAUUUGAUAUGGAGAAAUUGAUCACUUUGUGGAUGGCGGAGGGUUUCUUAGACAAAUUUCAAAAACAUAAUAUGAGAGAGGAGGGGCGCAAGUGGUUUCAAGAUCUGGUAUUGUGGUCAUUUUUUCAAUUAUCCAGCGACAAUCCAUCAUUAUUCAUCAUGCAUGACCUCAUAAAUGAGCUAGCUAAAUUGGUAUCUGAACAAAUUUGCUUUAGAUGGGAGUAUGGCAGCGAUCUAUCUGAUAUCAACAUAAGGACUCGUCAUUUAUCAUUUUCGCACGAUAUCUUCGGUAAGCAGCUAGGCAUUGAGACCGUUGCGUGUGAUCCACAGAGAUUUGAUGCUUCAUAUGAAGCCAAGCACCUGCGCACGUUAAUUUGUGUAGGUGGCGAAAUUCCUUAUGGUGGCAUCUCAGUUGAUAAUGAUGUAGCCCAUAGUUUAUUAUCGGCAUUCAACCGACUUAGGGUGCUAUCUUUAUCUUGGUGUACUAGAUUGGUUGAGUUACCCAAAACGAUUGGUCUAUUGAAGCAUCUACGAUACUUGGAUCUCAGUGGAACACCAUUCCGUCGGUUACCUGACACCAUAAGUAGUUUGUAUAACUUGCAAACUUUGAUAUUGAAUAAAUGCAGGCACUUAAUCGAGCUGCCUACGGACAUAGGGAAGUUGGUUAACUUGUGCGAUCUUGAAAUUAGCGACACAGAAAAGUUGAAAGAGAUGCCAUUGCAUGUGGGACGACUUACAAAGCUCCAAAACUUGUCUGAUUAUGUUUUGGGGGAACGCUCUGGCUCUAGCAUUAAAGAGUUGGAGAAGCUUCAUUGUCUCAGGAAACAAGGUAUUCGUAAUCUGCAAAAUGUUAAGGAUCCGCAAGACGCUUUGAAAGCCAAUUUGAAGGGUAAAACGCAGCUUAGGUAUUUGGUGUUGGAAUGGAAUGGUGACACUAAUGAUUCAUCGAAUGAAAGGGCCGUUCUUGAGCAAUUACAACCUCAUACCAGUGUCGAAUAUCUCUUAAUUACAGGUUAUGGUGGUACGAGAUUUCCAGAUUGGGUAGGAGUCUCUUCUUUCUCGAACAUUGAAACCUUGGGGCUCCGUGGGUGUAAGUACUGCUGCUCCUUACCGCCAGUUGGACAGUUAAGGUUUCUACGAGUGCUUAGCAUUGAAGCGUUCGAAGAAUUGGUUUCUGUUGGUCCAGAGUUCUAUGGGAAUUGCACGAGCAAGGAAAAGCCCUUUAGAUCCCUUGAAGUUUUAAUUUUUAAAGAUAUGCCCAGAUGGCAGGAAUGGGUUCCCUACGUAGACAAUGAUGAUGGUGUAGCUUUCCCUCUUCUUCAACAGCUUGAGAUAGUUUAUUGUCCCAAUCUGACCCAGGCCUUGCCCAUUCACCUGCCUUCUUUGACAGAACUUAUUAUCCUCGGAUGUGACAAGCUUUUGGUCUCUUUUCCUAUAGCUCCAGCCAUCCGUGAUAUAAAACUACGCAAAAUGGGAGAAAAUUCUGGAUCGAAAUUAAGGGAAGAAUCUGGAUUGCAAUCUUUCUGUGUUGUUGGAUUGAACUUCCCAAAUCCUCUGCAAGAGGGAAUUUUGCGUAUGAGUAAUCUUUUCACUCCUCUAGGAAAAAUCAUGAUCAAAUGCUGCGAUUCACUUAUGUUCUUCCCACUAGAGUUGUUCCCCAAACUGAAGUACCUUAAAAUAGAUACAUGUGAAAAUUUUGAAUCCCUAUGUGCAUCUGAGGGACCUCUGGGGGAGUUGAUAUCUCUAACUUCAUUGGUGAUUUGUAAGUGUCCUAAAUUUAUAUCAUUUCCUAAAGGAGGAUUACCUACCCCAAAUUUAACAAGGCUCUUCUUGCGACGUGUAAAUUUGAAGUCAUUACCUGAAUGCAUGUACGCCCUCCUCCCCUCCCUUGAGGAGUUGAAAAUACUUGAAUGUCCAGAGCUAGAGUCUUUUCCAGAAGAGGAUUUUCCCUCCAAAUUGGAAUUGGUUCAGAUCGAUCGUUGCGAGAAACUCAUUGCUGGUAGCCUGGAAUGGCUUUUGCAAAUAUACCCCUCUCUUUCACUUUCCAUAAGUGGUACGUACUCUGAUAUGGAAUCCUUACCGAGGGAGACACUGGUGCCCUCGGCUCUCACCUCUCUUUCAUUCUCGAGUUGUAAUCUCCUAUCUUUGAACUCAAGUCGGUUGCAACACCUCACCUCUCUCAGAAAACUAGAAAUCAUGAGCUGCCCGCUGUUGACAGAGCUGCCUGAACAUAUGUACUCUCUCCCUUCGCUUGUUAAUUUGGUGAUCGGUUAUUGUGGAGAACUUGAAUCUUUUCCAGCAGACGGUUUGCCCUCCAAAUUAGAAUCACUUGAGAUCUCGAGUUGUUCCAAACUAAUUGCUGCCCGUAUGCAAUGGGAUUUGCAUAGACUCUCCUCUCUUUCGCACUUCACUAUUUCUUUUGAUGAAAAUGUGGAAUCCUUCCCUGAGGAGAAUCUACUGCCCAACACUCUUACCUCUCUUAAAAUUGAGCAUCUUAAAAAUCUGAAAUACCUUGACAAGGGGAUUCAACAUCUCACCUCUCUUAAAGAAUUGAAAAUCUUGGGCUGUCGUAAGGUACAUUUCUUGCCUGGAGAGGACCAGCCUGCCUUCCUUUCUCACAUUCCUCACGUACAAAUUAACGGGUACAUGAGAUAAAGAAUUCUGAAUUACACUCCUUUGAUUCAUCCAACAAGUGCAGGAUCUUUAAUUGAUGUUACUCUGACACCAAUUUCUGAUAAUGCAGGUAAAUUGCUUUGGUUAUUAGCACAUGCAAUUACGCAUUUUUAUGUCAUUUUUUUUAUCAUCACCUAGUAGUUAUAUGGCCGAGUUGCUAGUUUGUCUCGCCGUCUGAAGUUUACGCUGAUGUGAUUAUUGUGGCAAGUGAUUCAGCUAUCUUUUGUUCUUUGUUCUACAUGACCAAAUCAUCUUUUAAAGUGUAAUAUAUGUGUUAAUAUCAGUUAUGAAAGAUGUAACUCUUAAUUUUGUCCAAAGUUAUUUGUAGUGAUACUGAUUGAGAGCUAAGAAUUUUAUUUGUUACUAUUAGGCAUUAGCUAGUGGUUACAUUUUUUCCCCUCCAGCUCUAAUUUUAAGCACAGAAGAUAUAAAUGUUCCACUUAGUUCUGCUAAAAGUCAUUGAACUAGCGCCCAAUAAAUGAGGAUGAGGACGACGGAACUUUCAUAUAUAUGUCUUUUUCUAGGUUAUUUAUAUAUUCAUCGCUCCAUCUUUUCUACUUGCAUCAGUCAGUUUUAGUUUAUGUUGAAGUGAGAUUUUCAUCUUGUCAUAGAUUAAUUGGCAAAAAAAUGGAGUAAGCUUCAUUCCUUUUUCUGGGAUGUAAAUGCUUCUAUCACCGUUUAUGCAUAAAUAUAAGUCUAUAACCUAUAAAUAAUGACAGAUAAAGGGAAGAAUUAUAUAUUUUUUUUCUUUUCUAACGCAGCUAUAAAAACACAAAUAUAUUGUAGCUGUUAGUUAAAGUUACUGAGCUUUAGGCAACAAGAUUGUAUUUUAUUUAUUUAGUAGAUUAUUUUGGUAUCGAGCAGCAGCAAAUGAACUCUUCCCUUUAUAGCAAAGUCUGGUUAUUCAACACUUCAAGUGGCAUGAACAAUAGGAGGCUAGGAGCAGAUUCUAAGGGAGGCACAUUCUCAUCCAAAAGUUGCUGGUUUGCCCUUCAAUAAUCUCAGAGUCCACUGGGGUGUUAUCAGAUGUGUUUAACAAAAAAAAAAAAAAAAAAAACAAAAACAAAACAAAAAACUCAUGAUGUUGCCUAUUAGGACUCGGCUUUCACUGCCAUGAUGUGGUAAGGCUUUUUUUGUUC